CGUCGUUUUUCACUCACUCAGAAAUUUCCGAGAAAAUAAAACAUUAAAAUUCGGUUUCUCAGUUUCAUGUCUUGCUUGCUUGUUGUUUUGUCUGAAAGACUAAAACUUUUUGGUCAAUACAUUUCGAAAUCGAUACCAAACUCUUCUUCUUCCUCCUUAUCCAUAAUCUAAGGUUUCACUAUGAUUCAUCAAGUGUCUUGCUUUGCUCCCUAGUCAAUAAAGUCAAUCACUUUUUGAGUUCGCUGCUUGUUGAAUUCUUAGUUUCUUUGUUUGUUGUUUGUGUAAAGUUGAGACCUUUGAGCCUUUGGGAGAGAGAGUUUUUUCACCAGAUGGCUUUGGUGACUCCAAUUCCAGCUAUGAGCGAAAGAGCUGGAUCCAUGAGAUUCCAUGGGAUGACAACAACUAGCCCUGGUUCAAGGUCUAGCAGGAGCAGCGUCACGGAAGAGCCUCUCUCGCGUCUGAUAGAGGAGAAGAUCUUCGUCGCUGUGGAUAAACACGUGGCCAAGAGCAAGUCUACACUCGUCUGGGCGCUGCAGAACACUGGAGGGAAGAAGAUUUGCGUUGUUCAUGUUCAUCAACCUUCUCAAAUGAUCCCAGUUAUGGGAGCCAAGUUUCCAGUGAGUUCUGUGAAGGAGGAAGAAGUCAAGGUUUUCCGGGAAAAGGAGAGGGAGAAAGUGCAUAUGAUUCUAGAUGAGUACCUCCGUAUAUGCCACCAGAGAGGGGUGAGGGCAGAGAAGAUGUUUAUUGAAACCGAAUCCAUCGAGAAUGGGAUUGUGCAACUUAUCUCGGAGCUUGGGAUCAAGAAGCUUGUCAUGGGAGCAGCUGCAGAUAGACACCAUUCUAAGAAAAUGACUGAACUCAAGUCUAGGAAAGCCAUCUUCGUACGCCGAGAAGCUCCUCCUCCUUGUCAUUUAUGGUUUACUUGCAAAGGCUACUUAAUACAUACAAGGGAAGCUGCGGAUGAUGGUGAAUCAGAAUAUGUUGCAUCUCCGCGUCCUUCCAUAAGUGCAAACGAUCUGCUUCAAGCUUUCUCUACACCAGAGUCUCGACUACAUAGCAAUGGAAGUUCAACUGAACACAGUGAGAGGGUUUCAAACGGUUCAUUGAAUACUACCGAUGAUGAGGAGAGAGAGUCUGACGGCAAGGGAGUAAGGGGAAGUGCAACGGUUAUGAGUACAGUUGAUGAGAACUCUGGCCGCUCAUCUCCUUCCAACUUUCCGGAUGGAGUGGAUGAUUCAUUUCAUGAUAAAAUCAGACAAGCUACGUCAGAGGCUCAAAGUUCAAAACGAGAGGCUUUUGCAGAGACUGUUAGGCGUCAGAAAGCUGAAAAGAAUGCACUUGAUGCAAUCAAAAGGGUUAAACAAUCAGAAACUGCUUACUCUGAGGAGUUAAAGAGAAGGAAAGACACUGAGACAGCAGUAUCCAAAGAGAAAGAAAGAUUCGUAACAAUAAAAAAAGAACAAGAAGCAGUCACAGAAGAAGUCCAAACCGCAACGGCACAGAAACAUACGCUAGAGAACCAAAUAGCAGAAGCUGACACUACAAUGGAAACGCUAAACAAGAAGCUCGACAUAGCUGUGAAGCUCUUACAAAAGCUGAAAAGCGAACGAGAGGAGCUGCAGAGUGAACGCGACAGAGCCCUCAGAGAAGCUGAGGAGCUAAGAACUCUCGCCACAGAGACAACUUCAACACUACAACAGCAGUUACUACCUAACUACUUCACAGAUUUUUCAUUCUCAGAGAUCGAAGAAGCAACUAACCGCUUUGACUCCAAACUAAAGAUCGGCGAAGGAGGCUACGGAAGCAUCUACGUCGGCACGCUUCGUCACACGCAAGUGGCUAUAAAGAUAUUGAAUCCUAAAAGCUCACAAGGCCCUGUGGAGUAUCAGCAAGAGGUCGACGUGUUGAGCAAAACGAGGCAUCCGAAUAUCAUUACACUGAUCGGAGCUUGUCCUGAAGGGUGGAGUCUUGUAUACGAGUAUCUCCCCGAUGGUAGCCUCGAAGAUAGGCUUACCUGCAAGAACAACUCUCCGCCGUUAUCAUGGCAAAACCGUGUACGGAUUGCAACCGAGAUAUGCGCGGCGCUUGUCUUUCUUCACUCCAACAAAGCUCAUAGCUUAGUACACGGUGACUUAAAGCCGGCUAAUAUACUUCUUGAUGGUAACCUCGUUAGCAAGUUGAGUGACUUUGGAACGUGCUCGAUAGGAAGAAGCAAGAGUGCGUCAACAGAUCUCACAGGGACGGUUCCUUACUUGGAUCCGGAAGCUUCUAGCAGCGGAGAGCUAACACCAAAGUCAGAUGUUUACUCUUUUGGGGUUAUAUUGUUAAGGUUGCUGACAGGGAGACCUGCGUUGCGGAUAGCAAAUGAAGUGAAGUACGCUCUUGACUCCGGUUCGUUGAACAACCUUUUGGAUCCUUUAGCUGGUGACUGGCCCUUUGUUCAGGCCGAGCAGCUCGCUCGCUUGGCGUUGAGAUGCUGUGAGUCUGUCGGUGAGAACCGUCCGGAUCUUGGGACUGAGGUUUGGAGAUUGCUUGAGCCUAUGAGGGCUUCUAGUGGAGGAUCUUCUUCUUUCCAUCUUGGACGUAACGAGCAGCGCAUAGCACCUCCUUACUUCAUUUGUCCCAUCUUCCAGGAAGUGAUGCAGGAUCCACACGUAGCUGCGGAUGGUUUCACAUAUGAAGCGGAAGCUAUAAGAGCGUGGCUGGACAGUGGACAUGAUACUUCACCGAUGACUAAUGCCAAGCUUUCACACAAUAGUCUAAUCCCUAACCAUGCUCUUCGUUCUGCAGUUCAGGAGUGGCUUCAACAUCAUUGUUGAAAAUGAUAUACUUCUCCAGCAUGUAAUCUCUCAUGAGGAGAAGUUAUCUUUGUUAUCAUUAUAUGCAUACAUACAAUCUCUCCGUAGAUAGCAUAAUUUGCCUACUUUUGUCUAAGCAUAGUGUAAAAAGUCCUCCAUAUUUGUAAGUUGAAAAAAGAAAGGCUGGUGAGAUUUUUGUGUGUGUGUAUAUAUAUGUUUUGUCAGAUGAAAAAAGGUUAUAUGUUUAUAAUG